AUAUGAUCGGAAUCGUCUAGAAAUUUACAUUCGAGAAAAAGGCAUAAGGCACUGAGCGACUGUAGUUUUUUUGAAAUAGUAAAUCGUAAGCGAUAAAGUGAAAAUCUAAGUGUUGUGUGUAUUGUUUUUUCUCCGAAGAACACAGUUUGUCGUACUUAUUCUAUAAACAUAAUAUUUUGUAAAAAUGGUGGACUACAGCAAAUGGAAAGAUAUUGAGAUAUCUGAUGACGAAGAUGAGACGCACCCAAACAUCGACACACCAUCACUGUUUCGAUGGAGACACCAAGCACGUCUCGAGCGCAUGGAAGAAAGAAAAAGGGAAAAGGAGGAGUUCGAACGCAAGAAGAAUGAAACAAAGAGGAAAUUAGCAGAAGCCAAAAGUAAACUCGCUGAAAUCGGUUCUGAUGGGCCUGAUCUAAAUUCAUUAAAAAAAACAUUGACUGAGUUGGAAAAAGAAGAUAGAGAGCUUAAAAAGAAGGAAGAAGAGCUUAAAAAGAAAGAGAAACAGACACCGUGGAAUGUGGACACAAUCAGUGAGCCCGGUUUUACAAAAACUGUUAUUAACACAAAACCCGUGCGUCCGAAGGAGGAGGAUUUGACUGAGGAAGAAAAAGAAGAAAAGAUGACAAAGUUUAUCAAAGAUAAUGAGAAACUUUUGAAACAAUUUGGCAUGUUGAGGAAAUAUGAUGACUCAAAGGCAUUCCUUCAGCAACACCCGCAGCUAGCAUGUGAAGAAACAGCUAACUACCUUGUGAUCUGGUGUAUCAACUUAGAAAUGGAAGAGAAACAUGACCUAAUGGCCCACGUAGCGCAUCAAACAAUCUGCAUGCAGUACAUUCUGGAACUUUCCAAACAACUGGAUGUGGACCCCAGAGCUUGCAUUGGAUCAUUCUUCUCAAGGAUACAGGUAGCCGAGAAAACAUAUAAAGACUCAUUUGAUGAUGAGCUCAAUCAGUUCAAAGCUAGAAUCCAGAAGCGUGCUGCAGAGAAGAUUCAGCAAGCCAUCACGGAGCAAGAAGAGGAGGAAAGAAAAGAGAGACUUGGGCCUGGAGGGCUGGACCCUGUCGAGGUGUACGCAGAACUCCCUGAUGAACUGAAAAAAUGCUUUGACACACAAGAUGUUCCAUUGCUUCAAGCAACAAUAGCCAAGAUGCCAGAACAGGAGGCUAUUUACCACAUGAAGAGAUGUGUUGACUCGGGCCUAUGGGUACCCGGCAAGAAUGAUGAAGAACCCACCAUGAAAGAGAAUAAUGCUGCUCCGGCUGCCAGUUCUGAUGAUUUAGACUGAGAUUACAAUCACAAAGAACGUAUUUUAAAUGUAGACGUAAAUUUUGAAUUCGUUAAUGUCGUUAAAAAUUCAUUUCAAGAAUGUUUAAAUACAAUAGUUUUACAUUUUAUAUUCGUAAAUGAACUGGAAUUCCGUAAUAAACUAUAUUUAAUGAGAAAUCCGUAUUAGCAAGCUGGAUGGCAGUCAGCCCUAUUUCUUUAUACCUAUUUACAUUUGAACAGGAGAUAGAAAACUAGACUUAUAUUGACCGGGAUAAAGAUCAUGAUUACCUUUUGUAUUAUUUAUGAGCUCCCGAUAUAUCACUAUAUUUGAUUUCUGUUUGGCCCAAAGGUUAACUGGUAGAGAAUGCCUUCAGGCAUUAAGUUUGCCUUUUGUACGACUUUUACUGUACAAUAGUUUAAAUAAAUAAAUAAGUCUAGUGAAAUUACCCGUGAAUCAUUCAAAACUGAUAGAAAAAUAAUUUCCAUGACACGAAGUCUUCCUCUCUGUCCAAUCUGCAAAUGAGAUUUCAUUUCAUUUCACUCAAUAAAAGAUAAUGUAUUUAUUUGCUGAAUGUAUUUUUGUGAACCAAUGGUUUUAAAUUGAGAUGUAAAUUGGGGAGCCCAAGAGGGGAUUUUUGUAGUUACUCGAGCGCGUCAGAUUAAGAUAUGAGUUAUAUCUUGCUACCCCGUGGAGGCUACCUUAACCACUUUUAGCCGUCUAUGUUGCGCCGUUGGUUGGUGGGAUGUUCAACAAAUCGUUAAGCAGAUUGUGGAUUUGGUCAUUUUAGUCCAAAUUAAUGCUAUAAUUGUGUUAUUACUAAACCCGACAAUUAUUUGUACGCAUUACCUUAAACUGAUGGUUACAAUGUGAAAAUCAGGCGUCAAAAUGUGGUCGUCAGAUUAAGGAAAUGCGCACAAAGUUAAAUGUCAUAUUAAGUUAUAGAAAAAUUAUAGCACCAAAACGAUAUUGGACCAAAACUACCAAAUCCACAAUCUAGUUAAAGUUUUUUUUAACCCUCCAUCAACACCCCGAAAUUUAAGUCAGUGGACGCUUUCCUGCUCGCUGGGAACAAAACUUACCUUUUUUUCUUCUAUCAUCUAAUCUUUCGAUUCCAAUAGGUCUCUACGACGCUCGAGUAACCACACAUUUAGCAUCGCCGACUCCCCAGCUAUUAAAAUUAAACGUAUGUUAAGAAAACAGUUACUCGUUUUUUGUUUUAUUAGUAAUUCCAUUGGUAUUGGUUUAAUUUAGUAUAACUAUUAAAUUUAAAAACUCAUACGCCAAAAAUGCCUUACAUGAUUUUGGUAACCUGCUGGAUCGAUUUCUAUGAAACAUAGCUAAGAAACAGAAAACCCUAUAUGGUAUGUAUGUUCGUGUCGGGCUUUAGUGGCAAAUAAAUGUAUGAACUCGCACUUAAAAUAUGUUUUAGCACUGAUCUGAACCCCUAGUGCAAAUUUAAUUCGAAAGCGUGACGAGCGUUCGCGUUUUCUAUUCUUGUAUGUGAUUUUGAACAGCGGGCCAAGGGGGACGUUUUGGAAACUCAAAUCCCACACAAAAUGACACUGAACGCAACGCGUACGUCACGUCACGCUAUCGAAUGAAAUUUAAACUACGGGUACAGUGCAUCCUUAACCUUUCGAGACCCGGACCCAUGUUCUAGUAAAUAUGGCUACCCAGGGAGCCGACGGGUCUCGAAAGGUUAAUUUCAACUUAUUUGUUCUUGGUUUUUUUUACGUAUUUUUCAAGAACUGGCAUUAAUUUCUAAAUAAAUAAAGAUUCAUAGAU